AUGUCGACACUAGGUAGCUCUUUCAGAUGCCCACAGACCCACAGAUUGCAAGAGAGUGUCUUUAGUACGGCCUCCUUUCGGGCUUUCGUGCCAGGAUUGGAUCAGUGGGAGAGAAACAUUAUCCAAUGCGUGCUGGAGGACAAUGCGGAGGUAUUUGUGAGGUCGUGUUUUGAGAUCUCGAGAUUUUUUGAAAAAAGUAUCAUUGUCAAUUAUCUACAGUGCCUAGCCUCCUAUCGAGCCAGCAAAUUCCCAGAUAUCCUUCAAAGUGCCAGCAUCGUUCACCUAGUCGCUCUGCUCUCGGCACAUCGUAUACUUCAAUGCAUUUUGGACGACUUUCCACCCACCAAAAUUUGGAGUGUAACACAGGAGGGAAUCAACGUGAUCCAUGUCGCAGCUGCUGUUGGAGACUAUUUGGCACUGCGUAUGCUGCUGCAAUGCAAGGAUGCACCCAUCAGCAACGUGGAUAAGUCGAAGCGGACCGCUCUACACUACGCUGCACAGACGAAUAUUGAAACGGUGAUCAUCCUCCUGACACACAGCAAAGGCCUUCUCAAAUGCACCGACAUUGAUGACCUCACACCACUGCAGUUCAUUCAGCAUGAACAGAGAGGGUCCAUGCAUCACUUCCUGGAAUUUCACACUGAACUCUACAACGCGGGUGAAAGAGAUGCUCAGAAAUUGAACAGUGGCGAUAAAAAGGCCGUUAAUCUAAGGCGUCUCAUUGAGGCACCGUUAAUUCUCGACUCCUACGUCUGCACCAUCCUCCCAAUGCGACAGGACAGCAUUUGCGAAUGCUGCAAUACCAGAGGCUAUAACCAUGAGAAACUUUCAGUAAAUGCGGAAUUCAUGAAGGUGAUAGCCUCUCGUGAAUCCGGUUUCGUUAGACGACCGACCAACACUUUCGGGCAAUUUGAAAAGGCUUUCUCACCUAUUGUCAGUCAAGGAACGAAGGAGAUUUGGGUGAAGUGCGCAUCAGCUUGCCGCAAUAUAUACCCGGAGCGAAGCAUCUGCACGGAUGAUAAAGAUGUCACGAAGCUGUCGAAUGAGAAGGAUCCAUUGGAAAGGCUUGGAGCAUUAUCGAAUAGUGAGGGAAAUGCUCUGGUGCUCAUGUUUUUUAUGCGAUUAACGGAUAACACAUCGACAGAAAAACUGCAAAUCCUUCUCUUCUAUCUGUGGCAAAUGCCCAAUCCCGGUUUGGUGCUCACUUUCUACGGUUCGGAUCCUCUAUCUCCAUCCCUUCAAAAACUGCUACAAAAGACUCUGACACGAGUUACCAGGCAGACGAAGACGUGGAUUCUGACGGAUGGAAAGGAGAAGGGUGUGGGAGAUGUGAUUUCAAAGGCUGUGAGAGGCUAUGCGGAAGCGUAUGGAAUGCAACAGCUUCAGGUUAUUGGAUUGGUGCCUUGGCGUCGUCUAUACAACUCUCAUCUCCUUCGGUGCAAUGAUUAUUUGGGUGUAAGGCAGGUGGGCUUUUCUAAGAAACCACCAGGAAACGACAACAGAAUCCAGCUGGCGGAGAACCACACUCACUACAUCUUUAUCGACUCCAUGGAUAAUUCAAAGGACCUCACUCUCUGUAGAACUCAAUUUGAGGCCUAUGUUGGUCAUCUGAAUGACCUAACAAACGAGGGUGUGAUGGAAUUUGAGAGCAGCGAUGGGCCACAUAUAAGGGAUAUUUUGGAUCGUGCCUACCUACUGGAAUUUAUAACCACCACCUCUGAAGGCGCCCAUGAAAUGGAUGCUCGUAUACUUCAAUCCCUUAUUAAGCCAGAGCUCUUCGAGGGUAUCGAUGAGGAGGAGAGCUGGGAUUUCAAGAUCGGCAUCGCUCUCUCUUUGAAUCGAACGGAUUUUCUGCCUGAAAAUAUGUUCACCCGUGUUCAUUGGAAAGGGAAGAAGGGAAUGAAAGAGGUGCUGACCAAAUGCCUCGUGGGAAACAAUACCAAUUUCAUUCGUCUUCUUGUGGAUUCGGGAUUUCCACUGCACGAGUACAUUGACGAGUCUUUAUUGGUCAAACUGUAUAAGGCCGAUUUCGACAGCAAUGUUCCACAAUUGAUUAACUGGAGUCAGAUUGAUCACUUGAUUAGCGGCAUUAUUGGGUUCGAAAUAGGCAACCAAAUACGUGCCAAAAGGUCGAGAUCGCCUACAUCAUACAGCAUAGACGAAAUAUGGAGUGAGACAGACAUGCCGGAGGAGAGCAAAAACGGUGAAGAGAGUUUGCUGCAGCUUCUCAUCUGGUCGUUUCUCUCUCGACGAUUCGAGUUGUCUCACCUCAUCUGGACCCUCAUGAAGGACUCCAUUCCUGCUGCUCUAAUCUUGGCCUUCGUAGCACGACGGAUGCGCUCUCAACAACAGUCGCUCAGAGAGGUGAAUGAGCUCGAAGAGAUGGCUGAAUUUUAUGAGAGAAGUGCAGUGGGUAUAUUGGAAGAAUGCCAUGUCACGGAUUUGCAGUCCACCCUUACGAUGCUUUGCAUGAAGAGACCGCUCUACGGUAACCUCUCUCAACUUUUGCUGGCAGAAGAGAGUCACUCGGUGCACUUCGUUGAACAUCAGGCCUGUCAAACUUGCGUUGAAAAUAUGUGGAAUCAAAAUCUCAGUGCCAACACUCAGCCUGUUUCUUACUUAGUGAGCCUACUGGCCGGGGUAAUUCUGCCCCCUCUGGUACCUCUUUUGGCAGAAUAUGACUACUCCAGUUACAAACAUUUUGAAAGACAGGAUGACGUUCAGGGAAAUGCAAUGGAGAAGAAUAGCUCCAAGGCUACCUACAAACGGCGUAUUGUGGAUUUCUACAGAGCUCCGUGUGUUCGAUUUGCCUAUAGUGCUGCAAUUAAAACGCACAAAUCGGUGAAACAGUACUUCGGCAACACCAGAAACCGGUUGCUUUUGCUUACCCUCUUCUUCUACGUAAGCGGAAACCUGCGCUAUUUGGAUUCCCGUAUCAAGGGUUUUGGUGUACUCGCGGGUCUGGCGCGUCUCUCCCUCUCCUCUUGCCUCCUCUGCGCAUGUGCCUUCAUUCUCCACUUCUUAGUGCUCAGUCGCUACAUUGGACCGAAAUUGAUGAUGAUCAUAACCAUGGUGAAGUGCGAUAUGCUACCCUUCUUGGCCAUAAUCGGUGUCUUCUGGCUAACUUUCAGUCUCUUUACUGUGGCCAUGAUCUAUAGGCCCCACGGUCCGGAGAAUAUGGGGCAGCAUGUGCACGAAAUCCUCCACCUUGCACGAAACAACUUCUUCUCCAUGUUCGGCGAAUUUGACAUCGCUGACAAUGUCGCUGACAUCGCCAAAGAGGAGGAAGAAUGCACCCGUUUUGGUGAAUGCACAUAUGCUGGAGCUCAGUACAUCUACCCCAUAAUUAUGAUUGUCUAUGUCCUAUUAACUCACGUGCUACUCAUUAAUUUACUCAUCGCUAUGUUCACAGAACGCUACGACAAAAUGGAGUACAUGUCGAAGCAGCUCUGGGCGAUGCAGAAAUUUGGACUGGUUAAGUCAUUUGCCAAUGCGCCCCCACUGCCCUUCCCCUACGUGGUUAUCUGGCCCUUCAUUUCAGUAUUCCAUCUGUGCUAUCGCCUCUUUCAACACCAGCCAACCGAUGAUACACCCUUUUGUUUCGAGGUGGACGAAACCCGACAGGGUCAAAUCAUAAAUUGGGCCAAAUUUCGCAGUCUAGACUACCACCACCGUCAUUCUAAUGCCUUCCAAUGGCUGAAAACACAGGCCCGCCAAGGCAAGUUGCACAAGAAGAUGUGGUGGUCGGGUAUAGAAGGGAAAGAAUACCAGGAAUUGCAGAUUACCACAAUUGGCACCCGACUAGCCACUGAAUUAAUAGAGAGGCGUCUACAGGCCAUUGAGAUGCGUCUAUCUGCUGCUGCCGCUGGUGCGCUAAAUGAUCAGAAGGCCACCUCGGGUCCGAGUAUUGCAGUUCUUGAAGAGGAUGGAAAAAUCGUUAGUCGAUCACAAAGCAAAUGGUUCGGUAAGUCACUUCACCUAACUUUCGGCCAAAAUACGGCCACUAACACACGUUUUGCGCAAAUAAAUCUACCAAUGAAAUCAACGAUGGAUAAGAUUGUUUGUACCGUAAAGGAACGGAUCACAUCUGUUCAUAAGGGAAGACUUUUCGUUAUUGGUACGUACACGGCAAAUGACUCCAUCCACAUGUCCAAAUUCACUGAUCCCGAGGUGGAGAUCAAAGAAGUCUGCAAUUUCACCUACGAUCGUCACACCGUGGCCUACUUUAGCAACCCUCAGGAUGACAUCAUGCCUCGCUCUCUCACACGUUUCGUUCCAUGGACGGAAGAGCUUCUCAAUUACGAGCCAAAGGUGCUGGACUGCGUGGAACGAAUUCUGCCGGAUUGGAGUGAGGAAGAGAUGAAGGAGAGAAUGUCUAAGCCAAAAGCUUCAGACACUGUGCUGCGCAAUCCAACAGGAAGGACGGGCAUAGCGGGUAGGGGUAUUCUACCCGUUUUUGGUGCAAACCCUGCGGUCGUAGUGGUGCUAAUCUCGGAGGAAAAACUGUACAACCAUGGAUCGGAGGUGAAGGAGGAGGUGCUCAGAAGAGUCCUUUUGAGAGGUUGUCCUCGACGAAAAUAUCAGCUCCCCUGGUUUCUGUGCAAGCAUACGGCAGAGUGCAACCAACUGGAGUGCAUGCAGAGCCUAAUGAUCGCCUACAUGCACGCGAUGGCGAAAGAAGCCUCCAAAUUCAAUUCAAAUCAAUCCCUUACCUACCGACUUAUUAUUGAAGAACUCGAUAAAUGCCCGGUUCGUUUGUGUCACAUGGGAGAGCUGGAGGACUGGAUAAAUAGCGACAACGCGUGGAUCGAUGUCACAGCCAUCAAUGUUCGCAUUCCAUCAACUUUCCAAUUCUGGGAACUCAUUCCACAGAUAUUUUCAACACCGGCUUCGAAGGCAAGGUGGGAGGAGAUGAGCAAACUGCCGUUAAUCAAGAACAGCCACUUCAGCUGUCUGGCUUAUUUCCAAGAAGCCUUCAUUCGGCAUCAAGCACAGAGGUAG